AUGGCGGCGGCGCUGGGCCGGGGGCUGGACAUCAGCCUGGCGGCGCUGCGGCAGCACGACCCCUACAUCAGCGGCAUCGUGGACGUGGCCAGCCAGGUGGCGCUCUACACCUUCGGCCACCGCGCCAGCCAGUGGGAGAAGACGGAUGUGGAGGGAACGCUGUUUGUUUACACAAGAUCAGCUUCUCCAAGGCAUGGUUUCACAAUUAUGAACAGACUGAGCAUGGAAAAUCGAACAGAACCUAUUACUAAAGACCUUGAUUUCCAGCUCCAGGACCCUUUUCUGCUCUACAGAAAUGCCAGAUUGUCCAUAUAUGGGAUUUGGUUUUAUGAUAAAGAAGAAUGCCAAAGAAUUGCAGAGCUCAUGAAAAACCUAACUCAGCAGGAACAAUUCAAAGCACAGCAGGGCACAGGAACAGGGGUUUCUCCCAUGAUCGUGAAUUCUGCUAAUAACAAAGAAGUGGAUAUCUUACGGAUGCUUACCAAGGCCAAAGAUGAGUAUACCAAGUGUAAGACCUGCUCAGAGCCAAAACAAAUAACCAGUUCCUCUGCAAUCUAUAACAACCCCAACCUCAUCAAACCCAUUCCAGUGAAGCCGAGUGAGAGCCAGCAUCAGCGAGUCUCCCAGCAGAGCAAGAGCACGGAUCCUGAACCCCAGCACCUGUCUCUGACAGCGCUGUUUGGCAAGCAGGACAAGGCAGAUGUGGCAGAAGCUCUCAGCAAGCAGGAGAAGCUGGCGGGCAGGCAGUGCGUGGUGCGCUCGCUGUCCUACGAGGAGCCCAGCCGGCUGUCCCCCUGCGCAGAGAAGCAGCUGUGCCCCGCCAUCCAGAAGCUGAUGGUGCGUGGCACGGAGCUCCAUCCCCUGGCAGAGUUCCCUGAGAGCCGCCUGUGUGAGAACGGCAGCAUCCCCUGCGUGGGGGAGGCUUUGCCAGGGCUGUUCCAGCCCGUGGCACGGCACGGCGUGGCUCCUCACGGAGCGCAGGGUGCCGCUGGCACCCAGAGCUUGCUGCAGAAGCUGCAAAGUCAGCCAGGCUCCGCCACUAAAAUGGACCCCAGUGCCACGGGAGCUGGCAACUCCACAGCUUCUGUGUUCAGCAGGACUCCUGCUCCUGUGGGAGCACCAGCAGCACCGGGAAAUAACAUGAGCCAGCCCCCUCUGGUGUAUUUCAAUGGGUCCCUGCCAGGCCAGACUUUAGAGGCUCAGAGCCUUGGUAAAGAACAAUCCAAACUUCCCAGACAGCCGCUUCCUCUCUCCAGCAAUCAAGCGGCCAAUUCUGGGGUGAUUUCACCUCAAGAACUGUUGAAAAAACUCCAGAUAGUGCAACAAGAACAGCAGCUCCAUGUAUCCAGCAGACCAACGUUGGCAGCUAAGUUCCCAGUUGUCACCCAGAACACCAACACCCUGAAACCACUGGAUUCCUGGAUAGAAAAGGCUCCAGGCACAGAAAAACAGAGUGCUCUCCUCCAGGUGAUCUCCCCUCAGCGCAUCCCUGCCACGGUGCCCCCCACGCUGCUGAUGUCCCCCAUGGUGUUCAGCCAGCCCGCGCCUGCCGCUCCCAAAGCCGCCGAGAGCGCCGAGCCCGCUGCCAGCCCAGCCAGCCUCCUCCUGCCCCUGCCAGCCCCAGAGCCAGCCAGCAGCACCUCCAUCAGCAAGCUGCAGCUGCAGGAAACGCUGCUGCACCUCAUCCAGAAUGAUGACAACUUCUUAAACAUUAUUUAUGAAGCAUAUCUCUUCAGUGUGAGGAAGGCAGCGAUGAAGAAGCCUAUGUGACAGAUCAUCUUUUAAAUCAAUUUCCAUGGCUUCCUGAACUCCAGGAAGAAGAUUUUGAAAUUUUCAAAUAUGACUGUGUUUGAAGAAAUGAAUGAUUUUAGGCAUUUUGCAUACACUUAGAUUUUCCUUGUUGGCAAACAACAUGCUGUACUGAGAAAAAAAAAAGAGCAGAAAUGGAUUGUGCCUUUAGCGAGGGGAGCGUCACGACGCCCAAGAAUUAAUCACAAAAUAUCUUAAAUUAUUUUCCUUACCCUGCUCCGUACUUGGAGCUGGUUUCCCGGCAUAAGGACUCAGUUCUCAGGAUCCAGUUUCCUUUUUUUUAACCCGCAGCGUGGUUACUCAUUGCCGAGGUAUUUGUCCCUGCUUUCCCCUGCGCAGCUGUCCCGGGGAUCCUGACCACAUGGUGGCAAUGUUGGAUUAUUUUUAGGAACACGAAAAUCCGCCUGAAAUCCUGGAACGGGAGAUUUCGGCAAGACUGAUCGUCCUACUUAGUUGUCUGCAAAGCAAUUUAGAAGAAGUGUCAUGACUUUCCCCAAAAUUUUUGUAGGGAGAUCUUUUUCUAUUUUGACAAGAAUAUUUUUAGCUAGGUGUAGAGAUGGGAUUCUGCAGGUGUUCAAGGAAUUGGAGGGUGGGGGGGUGUUGUGAAUGUACUUUGCUGUCACAGAGCUCUGGGGUGACACUGGAUUCAUGUUUUUAUUAUUCCAGGUCCAAUCUGCAUAAUUAUAAGCAAUGUGAAGAUUUGUUAAGGGGAAUGCU